AAUGUUCGAAACUCAUUUAAUGCUUUCACUUUCUCCUUGGGAUAAUAUAUUAGCUAAUGAAACAUUAAUAGAAAUUAAGUUGGGUCUCGUUCCCAUAGACUACCCUGGAAGUUAUCAUAUUAUUGACAUUAGCUCUCAUGUGAAUUAUGUAUUUAUUUUGACGGAAGAUAUGAAGAGUGGAAGUUGCUACGAAUAUAAGUUAUGGCGACUAGAUCUUAACAGUAACAAGCCAACAGAGGUAUAUAAAGUGAUUUCUGAGAAACUCCAAUACAGAAUUGAGGUAGCUUCUAAUGCCUAUCUGUACGCUGAAGGAGGAGCAAGUGUAAUGAAGAUACGUUUGUCAGAAAAAUCAACCGUAGCUGUAUUCUAUCAAUUUUAUGGCGCUCCUAUUCAAGAGAAGAGGAAAAUUAUAAAACUGGUUGCUUUUUCUAGCGGUGUUGUUGAUGUGAGGUUAUGGUUAGGUAAAUGGUAUAUUUGUAGAACGGAUGAUCCAUUUAAAAGGAAAUGGAAAUCACCAAUGAAAGGUUGGCACAAUUAUCGCACAGUAGACGAUUUGAAAGUAGUGGGAGAAAGUAUACUUUUUUUAAACAUAGAUAGACUGAUCGAAAUAAAUCUAAAUGAUGGGUCAGCGGUCCGAACUUUAAGAUUAGAUUGGUCUAAUACCUUAUCAUCAUUACCUUUUCCGGAUUCAUUCCUUCCCGAUAAGCCAAUUAUUCUUGGUAAAAACUUUGACUGUGUCAUAGUCAACAUGGAAGAUAUGAAGCUUUUUCUUAUUGAAAAACAUUUCAAGAGAUUUCAGCACGUUUUAGUCACUGAUAAAGUAUUUAUUGUUGUUCAAUUCUAUGAAGACAGUUCCUGGUGUUUGUCUAGAAUGGACUGUUUUAGAUAA